GUAUUUUCGUAUUAGCGCUAGGCGGCGUACUCUCGCUUAUUUUAGACUUGUGAAGUACUAGAGGAAAGAUGUCAUGGCAGUAGCUGCCAAGUGACGUGGAAGGGAAACUUCUUCAGCAAUGGGAUCUUGCUUUGGGAGUGUUAAUUAACUAACAACGCUAAUGAUGUAUGCAACGUUUGGUUCAGUGACACAGAGCCAGACACACAAUUAGAGAAAUGUUGCAUCUCUUAAGACCAGAAAGGGAAAUUAAUGACAGCAUUUUAAAGCAGGUUUAUUUGCUGUAUUCCCUCACUGUUUCUCUUCAGUAAACUGAAACCUAACCAUGGACGGAGCAAUCACAAUUAUUCUGAUUUCUGUCGCAAUGUUCUUGGGGUGUUUUCUUUUAGGAUUGAUCCCACUCAUGAUAAAACUUUCUGAGCGAAAGCUACAGUUUGUGAGUGUCCUGGGAGCUGGGUUGCUGUGCGGGACAGCGUUGGCGAUCAUCAUUCCUGAGGGGAUCGAGCUGCUACAAGACUCGGUGAAAGGCACACAGUAUCCCUGCAUUACAGCACUGAAUCGCAGUGCCACAGUGCCGCACCCAUCCCCAGGGUCUCUGGCAGAGAAGAGCCUCUCGCUGCCCCCCCACUUCCUUAUCGGGGUCUCGCUAGUGGUGGGCUUUAUCCUCAUGUUCAUCGUGGACCAGAUCGCCAGCUACUGCUCUUUUCACGACCCACGGACUGGAAUGUCAAGCAGCACCAGCAUCACAACGACUCUCGGACUGGUGAUUCACGCUGCAGCUGAUGGGGUUGCUCUCGGGGCUGCUGUGGCCUCCUCCCAGGUCUCUGUCCAGGUCAUCGUCUUCUUUGCAGUCAUUCUACACAAGGCUCCGGCAGCAUUCGGGCUGGUUUCAUUCCUGAUGCACGCCGGCUUGGAGAAGAGACAGAUACAGAAGCACUUGCUCGCGUUCUCCAUCGCGGCUCCAGUGCUGGCAACCAUGACGUACUUCAUACUGAGCCAGACGGGCGGGUCCUCUGCACACAGGCUGAGUGCCACGGGAAUCGGAAUGCUGUUCUCUGCCGGGACUUUCCUUUAUGUGGCCACUGUCCACGUGUUACCAGAGAUCAGCAGCAGGGGGCACCUGCACGCUCCCCAACACCACAGCAGCUCAGGGGAGUUCCAGCAGGGGGGUCUGGGGGUGCUGGAGAGCCUGACACUCAUCAUCGGAGCUGGGCUGCCUGUGCUUAUAUCUCUCGGACUGCAUGAUAAUUAAACAGGGCAGCUGAAGCCAAGCAUUUCAGGCACACCCAGGCCCAGUGAGCGCAGCAGAACAAAGAACUAACCUGCCAAAGCUACCCACCUGCCUCGGAUCAAUCUUGGGGGCGCUGGGAUUCUUGUUUUUUUUUUUUUUAAAGUGUGAUCUUUAUUUGUGAUUCAUUGUGGAUGUAGAAAUGCAUCAAUCACGGUAUAAAACAACACUGCUGAUGCCCACUUUCAUCAUUAGCAACUGUCACUCGGACACAACCGAGGUCUGACUCUUGUCUAGAGUUGUUGUUUUUUUAAUAAGGAGACUUGUUUAAAGAAAAAAAAAACAAUCCUGGGGAUUAUUAUCAGAGGACAAAGAAGAAUUUCAGCUUUUCUGUCUGCUCAAUGUGGAGAAAGUUAUAUCAUAGUCAUGUUUUGAUGCUUGCUGUUCUACUACACAGUACCUGUUUCAUGAGAAAUGAUUGGGACUUUUUGGGAGUGGAUACAAAAUAAUCUGUACUGAAAAGAAGCUGUAUUGUAUUUGGUUAUAAAGUGUCCUGUGUUACCUCAGCCCCUUGAGCAUCUUGAGUAUCUUCAUUAGCUAUAACAAUAUCUAUAUAAAGAUCUUGUGACCCAGAACUUUAGGGCUAUUUUAACUCCCUUUAGAAACCAAAACAAAGGAGUCUGUUUUCCAGUUGCUCAACAAACAAUCUGAUCAUUUAAAAUCACGUGUGCUGCAGAGAUUCCUGUAGGCCCAUGUGAAAUCAAUCUGAGAAAAUUAGGACAUCGUCAGUCUUUAACCCUUUCAUGCAUGGCGAUUUCAUAUGGGGAUGGAUAACAAAAAAAAAAACUUCUAGUCUUCAUAUGAAAGAUGCAGUUUUUACUCCAUGUGUCCAAUUUUUAUAUUUCAUGCAUGAAAGGGUUAAGCAAAACAGAUGUCUCUUUGUAUACUGUAUACAAGUAUUAAACUUCAUUGCCCUAUUGAAAACUGCCAUUGAAGAUGUGUUUUUGUGCGUUCUUUGAUGUUUGAGGGAAGUGGAUUGAUGACUGAUUCUAAGCACCAUGCUCGAUGCACCAUGCACCAUCCCAUGCUCGUCGCAAGUUUGGUAGGAGGCUGUGUGGUCCAGUGGUUAAAGAAAAGGGCUUAUAACCAGAAGGUCCCCGGUUCAAAUCCCGGCUCAGCCACUGACUCAUUGUGUGACCCUGAGCAAGUCACUUAACCUCCUUGUGCUCUGUCUUUCGGGUGAGAUGUAGUUGUAAGUGACUCUGCAGCCGAUGCAUAGUUCACACACCCUAGUCUCUGUAAGUUGCCUUGGAUAAAGGCGUCUGCUAAAUAAACAAAUAAUAAUAAUAAUAAUAAUACACACACACUCCAUAGAUCAGCAGAUUUCAAGGGGUUUUAGAAAUAGAAUGCUUUUUAAAAAUAUAACACGCAAAGUACAGUAUGACUGCUGCUUUGUUUUUAACUGCACACUGAGAUACUAAUUGAUUCAGAGUAAGGAGAUGUGCAGCCAUUUAGGUAACACUUUUUGUGUUGUUUCUGAAGGCAUUUAAAAGUGACCUUUAAAACACAAGCCAACAGCCAAACUGUCCUAUUCAAACAUCUACUGCAAAUUAUUGUCUGCAUAAUAUGUACAUUAUUAAUUAUAUUUAUUUAAUACAUUAAUUCAUGUAAGCAGGAAGUGAUUAUUCUGCAUUGUUGAAAAUUGGAACAUGUGCAGUUUUCAUUAGCUCGUUGUAGUUAGACAGUGAAAUAUGACAUCACAGAGCUAUAGUUAUCAGCCUAUAAUGGAACAGCUCCUAUCCAAUCAGAAGAGGUUGGUUGCCAUCAUAUACUCCUCCACCUCUACCAAAAUCUUGUUGCAAAACAUUUUGAAUUUCUUGGUAUUCUGAACCUUAAUAAUAUAAAAUGUGUUUUAUGCACCGGUAACCCAAACCAUCCCCUCACACACAUGAAUAUAUUUCAUUUCAAAUGAAGACAUCAUGUAAAGCCAUGAUGUAUUUUACAUUUCAAAAGAAAUGUGUGUAUCUCUGAUGUAUAAUUACGUUUGUAUUACUGGUGCUAACUCAUUCAUAUAUAACCUGUUUUAUUUUAAGGAGUAAAACAUUUUGUACAAGAAUGUUUUAAAAUAAACCUUUCUUUAAAAA